AUGAGGCUGUGCAACCGGGGUGUGAUGAUGCUGAUGACAACGGCGGGGGCCUUCUGUGCCUUCAGCCUCAUGACCAUCGCGGUGGGGACCGACUACUGGCUGUACUCGCGCGGGAUGUGCCGCUCCAAGAACCUGGGCGACAACGAGACGGUCCGCAAGAAUGAGGAGGUGCUCACCCACUCGGGUUUGUGGAGGACAUGCUGCACUGAAGGAACAUUUCGAGGUGUUUGCAAAGACAUCGAUCACUUUGCAGAGGAUGCCGACUACGAGCAGGACGCCGCAGAAUAUUUGCUACGGGCGGUGCGAGCGUCCAGCCUCUUCCCGAUCCUCAGUGUGGGCUUGUUGUUCCUCGGAGGUGUGUGCGUGGCGGCCAGCGAGUUCUACAAGUCACGCUACAACAUCAUCCUGACAGCGGGCAUUCUCUUUGUCUCUGCAGGUUUGAGUAACAUCAUCGGCAUCAUCGUGUACAUAUCGGCCAACUCCGGAGACCCCAGCCAAAGCGACAACAAGAAGAGCUACUCCUAUGGCUGGUCCUUCUACUUCGGGGCGCUGUCUUUCGUCCUAGCCGAGAUGGUGGGCGUUUUGGCGGUGCACGUGUUCAUCGAGAAGCACCGGCAGCUCCGUACCAACGGCCGACCCUCCCUGGUCAAAGCGCCCGUCUCGCGUGGCUCGUCCAACUAUCGCAACCGCUACUACAACAACCGCCCUCACAGGCACAGCAGCAGGAGUAACCACAGCGGCACCGUCGACUUCGCCCCCGACUCACUGCGAACGUCCCUGGUGCGGGAGGCGUCGCUCUCAUCGGAGGCCAAGAUGGCCGCCUUGCCGGGGUUGCUCCCUCCGGUUACCUCGGAGUACAUGCUUUACGCGCUGGAGGACGCGGAGGUGUUGUUGGACGGUUUAACGGCCGCGCCUCGGGACGACGAUGACAUACUGCCUGGAAUGUGUGCGAACAGUAAGAGAACCACUCCGGUCUGACACAAGACGUGAUGGACGCAUGACCUCUUGUUUAAGAAGAGCACAGAGACUCUGAUGACAGAAACAAUUACAAGAAGUGGUUCUCAAAUUUUUUAUACCCUAAAAACGCCCGAUAAGUUCCACCAUCAUAACUAAAAUGACAUUAGCACACUCCCGUUACUAAGGGGGGAAUAGAGGGCUGCAUAGAGAUGCUUAUUCCCAGGCAUGAAUCUAAAUAAAUUGUGAUUUUUAUUUGAUCAUAACUAUAUAUUUUCGAAACAAUGCUAAG